UAAAAAUCACCUCUUUAUAAAUAUUUACAUUAGCGAUACCAUUGUUCAUUCAUCAAUAACCAACAAAUUUCCUCAUAUAUAUAAUCAAUUCGUUCGCACUUCAAUUAUUUUAUUAAUCGAAAGAUACUAGUUCAUUCUAUGGAUCCAACACGAGCCAAGAGCACAUCCGGAUCGGGUCAUUCAUCGACCCAUAAGCCCAACAGCCACCCGAAGCCAUCUAAAUCUGAGCUGAUGUCCAGCGCCAAGCUAGUAGCUGACGCCGCCAAAGCAAAACUCCAUCACGAUCCAAAACAAUUUGAGAAAUCGGAGCUCGCCGGAGCUGCCGCUGACCUCCUCAACGCCGCUUCACAGUACGGUAAACUAGAAGAGACAGGGAUCGGGAAAUUCGUCGGAAAAGCAGAGACUUAUCUCCAUAAAUACGAAACUUCUCAUCAUUCAACAACCACCGCUACCGCCGCGGCGACUGCACAUACGCAGUCAUCGGGGCAUACAAGUGGAGGAAAACAUGAAAAAUCAGGAAGUGGAUAUGGCGAGUAUAUUAAAAUGGCGGAAGGACUUUUGAAGAAAGAUUCCGAUGGGAGUCAGUCGUCGGAAUCUGGUAAAAAAGGAGAUUAUCUGAAGAUGGCCGGAGAUUUUUUGAAGAAGCAUUGAACUGUUUAAUUUUGCGCUGAAAAUUCUAUUUUUAUGUUGGAUAAAUGUGAUUUGUAUUUUGUGUGGCUAGGCUUCAUUGCCACUUGUGUUAAGCCAAUUAAUGAAAAUAAAUUUGUUUUAGAGAACCUUCGUCUAAUCUUGUUUUGAUUCGGUAUUAAAAUUGUAU